AUGAAGAUCGCUCCUUUCUUGGUCUCCAUCGUCCUAUCAGUUCCACGGGCUCUAGCAGUCCCUACUGAAUCCAUAACGACAUCUGCUACGCUCGCUACCUCUACUGCCUCAGCACCAAGCUGUACAGCUUCCCUCAUCACCAGUCUCUGCAGUUACCCGGAACCUGGCCCAGACUUUGCCGUCGCCAUCGAGAGCGGGGCCUCCUGCUGGGACUACUGUAACGCCCACCCUCCCUGCAACUUUGUUAUCUUCUCUGCCGGCAACCCUACCACGGGCACCGGCACGUGCUGGCUAUACCCAGGUGAAACCUUCGAUGCGAGCAAAGGUAGUUCGAAUUGCACCAAUCCCAGCCUGUCCGUCUAUAGCGAACCCGUGUGCACCGGCGGGAGCGCAACCACCACUGCUGGCGCCUGCGCCGCUACCGCGACUCCCUCUGCGAUCGCCUCGGUCUGCGGGUACCCAGCGCCUGGUGACUGCUUUGACGAUUGUGCUGCUAGUACGGGUGCAUCGAACUGCUUGAGUCUAUGUGCAAAGGCCGAUUCCUGCAGCUAUGUCGUCUUUAAUCCGGACAAUGGAAGCAACUCGCCGUAUUCCUCGGGUAAUUGCUGGAUCUAUCCGAACGGCACAUUUAACGCGGGGUCUGUGACCGCUUGUAGCGGCUCCCCUAAGCAAUUUGUAUAUGACAACUUGUGUCCCAAGCCAUCAACUUCAUCGUCCUCCGUUUCAUCAUCUGCUACAGAACGCUCCAGUGGCACUGGAACUGCAGGCACUACUCCGAGCUCAACUACUAGCGCUGCUGCGGGCUCAACUACUAGCAGCAAUAAUUCUGCGCCUGCCGGCCUCUCGCUCACUAAUCCAUUGGCUAUCGGCGUGGCUAUGUUAAUAUGGCAGGCCCUUUAA